AUGGUAUCUUCCAAUGAAUUGGCAGACCCCAUUCCGAGCGGCAUAUUCGCAACUGCGCGCCAGUCCUUCAAAGAUCUCUUUAUCUGGAAGCAGCGUGUCGAGGUAACAAAUGAAUACGGCGAGUCCCACACGGAAUGGCAAUCUCCAGAGCCAAUCCAGAACCCCAUCAGUUUGAUGAUGCAAUUGUCGGCACGAGACUGGUUGUUCUUUCUUGUGGGACUUUCUGCUUGGACGGCCGAUGCAUUCGAUUUCCAUGCCCUCUCCAUCCAGACCGUCAAGCUGUCUGACUAUUAUGGCAAAUCUAAGACAGAUAUAACAACUGCCAUUACCUUGACCCUCCUUCUGAGAAGUGUGGGUGCUGCCUUCUUUGGAUUGGCCGGUGAUAGGUAUGGUCGUAAGUGGCCCAUGGUGGUCAACAUGGUCGUUUUGGGGCUCUUGCAGAUUGCUACUAUCUACAGCUAUACAUUCCAACAGUUCUUAGCUGUUAGAAGUCUUUUUGGCCUUUUUAUGGGUGGUGUUUAUGGAAAUGCCAUUGCUAUGGCGUUGGAGCAUUGCCCUGUCAACGCAAGAGGACUCAUGUCUGGUAUCCUCCAACAGGGCUAUUCAUUGGGCUAUGUGUUCGCAGCUUGUGCCAACCUUGGUGUCGGUGGUUCAACUGAAAGCUGGAAGGUCGUAUUCUGGAUUGCAGCCGGUCUCUCAAUUGGAAUUGGUCUCCUCCGCAUUUGCUUCCCCGAGUCAAAGCAAUUCCUCGAAGCCAAAAAGGCCGGCAAGCGAACAAUGUCCGCGGGUGAAUUCUGGAAGGAAACAAGAUCCAUGUUGGCCAAAGAGUGGCGCAUGUGCAUCUACUGUAUCAUUCUCAUGACCUGGUUCAACUUCUAUUCUCACACAUCCCAAGACUCCUACACAACAUUCAUGCGCACCUCCAAAGAACUCGACAACUCAGCCGCCUCUCGAGCCUCCAUCCUAAUGAAAACAGGUGCCUGCGUGGGCGGAACCAUAAUUGGCUACCUAUCCCAGUUCUUCGGUCGCCGGCGCGCAAUCAUCGCCGCAGCACUCGUAUCCGGCGUCCUCAUCCCAGCAUGGAUCCUACCCCAAGGCGAAAGAAGCCUAAGCGUGACAGGUUUCUUCAUUCAAUUCUUCGUCCAGGGAGCCUGGGGUGUAAUCCCAAUCCAUCUGAACGAGCUUUCCCCUCCCGCCUUCCGAUCCUCAUUUCCCGGCUUGACAUACCAAAUUGGAAACAUGAUUUCCUCGCCAUCGGCGCAGAUUGUGAACGCCAUCUCUGAGUCUACUUGGGUUACUAGUCCGUCCGGUCACCGGGUUCCGGCUUACGGGCCUGUUAUGGGUGUUGCUACUGCUAUUAUUGCCCUUGGCAUUGCGCUGACUGCUUCUGUUGGGCCUGAGAAACGUGGUCGUCGCUUUGAAACUGUUACGGCUGCUGUUGAUGAUACUGCGAAUGCUAAGGCUACAGAUUUGGAGGCUGGUGAUCAGGAGGAUCAUAAAUCCCGAGAGGAAAUGAUUGAGACGGCUGAUCAGAAGAAAUGA